AUGGAUGGUCGUGAUGUCUCAUCACUUUUAGUAGCUGCAAAAUAUGGCCAUUUGUCGCUUGUUAAACUCUUCGUCUCCCUUGGCUGUGAUGUCCAUAUUGGGGCGUGGUGGGGCGCGGGUAUUCUCGUUAACGCAGCCGCUGAAGGCCAUUACGAAGUUGUUCGGUUCUUACUGGAGACGAAUCCCAAUCUAGAGAAGUCUCCUCUACAAGCUAGUAGUGCGCUACGUAUGGCAGCUAUGGGAGGUCAUAUAGAGACAGUUCAGCUUCUCCUAGAGCAUGGGACGACUCCGACGCCAACUAUGAUAGGUUGGCGUCUACGUCCAUUGAUCGAGGCUGCACAACGCGAAUACUAUGCAGUAGUUGAUACACUUCGGAACGCUAUGGAUCUUCCGGCCUUCAUCGCACACGGUGAGCCUGAUGACGAUAUCCAUAGGGAGCUACUGUUAGUUAGCGCGGCGUGUGGCUGGGAAGAUAUAAUUAAGGAGUUGCUUGACCGGGGCUGCUCGUCCAAUUGUCCUAACCCUAAGAAUCGGGAAUGGGCCAUGGAAAGAAAGCUCCAGGGAUCAAGUUAUCUUUCCACUAGGGGAUACCCAUUGCCUCUGACGUUGGCAGCCCAUCGAGGUCAUUACGGCGCUUUCAAGCUACUACUCAACCAUACAAUCGACUCAGACAAAUCAUUGCUUUAUAGAAGAGAACCAUACCCGCUCCUAGCAGCAAUUGACGGCUCCCAGAGGCGGAUUGUCAGUAUACUCCUGGACCACGGGGUAGAUCCGAAUCACCGAAUCCCCCCACAAAAUACGCCGGUCUUUUUUGAAGCUGUCCAAGUGCCGGAAAUACUUGAACUAUUGCUCGAUCGUGGGGCGGACCCUAGACUAAAUUCAGAGUAUGGUGUCGAGGAGGUUCACUGCGAAUCAGUGUUUAUGAGAGCGUUAAGCACUGGAAGUCUGGCCGCAGCGAAUAUCUUACAACAGAGGGCUUUAUUCAUAGAGCCCCGCUUAGGUACGGACUUUUACCCAUUCUUUGAGGCGGCCACCUAUGGUGGAGCAGCGAUGAUACAAUAUCUACUUGACAGCGGCUAUAAAGUCGUGCCUGGGAGUCCCCAAGUUGGGAGGGCCUUGCACACUAUACUGUCUCGGUCAGACACGUCAUCCUUGACUAUUCUGUUCGAGACAGGACUAGUAGGCAGCUUAACUACAAUCGACAACAAAAGCCUGAUGGGAGUGGUAGAUUCACCAAGUGAAGACUGGGAUGCUGUGGCUGCUACUCUGGAUACCCUCAUUGUACAUGGGAUUGAUGUCGAAGGGGGGUCCUACUCCCCUCUGCACGAUGUUCACACGGGAAUGUCCAAUCUAUCCCAGCUAUUAUUAGAUCGAGGAGCUGACCCCCUCAGAACUCAUACAAACCUUGGCAUCACCCCUUUAGGACAGGUGGCGAGGAGGGGGUGCAUAAGCUUAGUGCGAAUGAUGCUAAAGGCUUUAGAGCGGCGGAGAGUUCCAUUUGGGGAAUUGAAAGAGAAGCUUAUCGAGGCAGAGAAGCAGGCAGAGUUGGCCCAACAAGAACAUUUGGGAGACGAUGUGCUACCACUUCUACGCCGUUUCUACUGGCGAAAGAAGUACCAAGACUAG